GUAAUAUUCACAUAAACUACAGAGUGACAAAAUACAGUCACAUUAAUAGGCUGUUCGCUGAUUCAAAAGAUCGUGAAAACGCAAUUCGCCGUCUUCCCUCCAGGCUUGUUGUUCUGAUAUGAAUGUAAGGUGGCGACAACAGUAGUUAACCCAAUGGCCUACACUCAAGUCCUUCUUUUCCUUCCGUUGUUCCUCACGUCAUCUACCAUUAUUAGCGAUGACGUCAAAUCCCUGAUAUACACGCUACAAACUAGGUACUGCGGGCGAUCUCUCUGCUCAACAAACACAUCUCAUAGUCCUCCAUCAUGUCCGUCACAGGAGCAGACAACCGUCGGCGUUUCUUCUGGAGUGACCGAUCUCAACGCGGCUGUCGAAAACUUUACUUUAGAUCCAUCAAAUACAUUUCACACUGAGACCAGCAGAGAAUUUACUACCAUCAGCCCAGGGAGCGACACAUCUAAAUCAGCUGCUGUUACGGAAUAUGUUCAAAAUAAUAUGAUAUCACAACCGUGUGAGCCUUGUCAUCAGUGUUCAUGUAAUGAUAGUUGUGUGAUAUUUGGAAAUUGUUGUGCUGAUAAAGAGAUUGGCGGGAGAUAUUUUUUUGACUGUGAACGUAUCACAACAUAUGAUAACGAGAUUGAAUCAUUUUUGUUCCUAAUUGUAACAAAAUGUCAGCAAGAUGCUCCCAGCUACACUGAAGACCUUGCCGAGAAAUGCGAGCAUGGAGAACUUGGGUAUGUCCAAGAUGGCCGCCUGGUGACGGCGCCACAUCCCUUCAACACCAGCGUCACCUUUAGAAACAAGUACUGUGCUGCAUGCUAUGAUGUCAACAACUACACACCAUGGGACGUGUAUAUCAACUGUCCAAAAUACUUCGAUUCAUCCAAUUACACAGACAUAAAUUCCUUGAUACGUUCAGCAAAGGGCCUAAAUUGUUUAGUUUCAACUAAUAUAAAGAAUAACAGCCAUGUUCAUACAUGUAUUUCUGAAAAAAAGUUGGUAUCAACUUGUAAUGUUACUGGACUUUGGCAGGAAUACAACAAAAGCAUAGAAGAGGCGUGUCACUCCUAUUACAACCCAACACUGAAAAACUAUAAAAACAUCUUCUGUCAUCUAUGCAAUGGAGAAUCAGAGCAGGAACUGAAAUGUCCUUCAGUGUGUCAUACAUCCAAGGUAAAAGGAGUGAUCUUCAUGCCAUUUGUUGCAUUGCUUAAUUUUGAAAAUUCAGAUGCAGAAGUUGUUGCAAGCGCAGAGAAUCUAAGGGGCAAAUACGACUCCAUAAAACGAUUUGGAGACCAGACACAUGCUCAGUGCAGAGAUGGAGAUAUUUAUGACUCAUCUUCCAAACGAUGCCGCGAAACGUACUGUCCUUUAUCAGACAGGAAAGAUAAUUCGACAUGUAUUCAAGUGGUAUCAGAUGAACAUUUGAUCCUCACGGCAUGGAAUACCACACUGUCAUUUAAUGAAGAUGUCAACAUUUUGCCUUUCAAUCCACCCACUUUUGUUUUUCCUUUCGGUCAAAAGUUUCAGACUAAUAUUCAAAACUUGCUAAGUGAACAUGGAUUCUUUAUCUAUGAAAUGACAGCGAAUUCUUAUGCACGUAUCAAGAAUGCUGACCUCGUAGUUGAUGAAGGUCAUUUACAGUUCACACUUCUUCUCAUGCCAAAUUACACCCUUGCAUAUUCAAGAGAACGUUUAGCUGCUUUACACAAUGUGACACUGAACACGACCGUGGCAGGGACGACAUUGGAAGUUGAGAUACAACCAGUAACAACACACAGAAAUGUACAGAACAAACUGAUGUUGCCGCCAACAAUGUUCGGACAAAUGUUACAUUCUUCUAUGCAUCUCGACAUGUCACUAAGUAUCAACGUUCCACUUGCUUUUAAUGUGACAUGCUCAAUGGCUGAAUUUGGCAGUCAGGAAGUUAACAGUGCAAACCAUGCUUUAUUCAUACAUGGAGAUAUAGAGUUGAAUGAUCAUGAGUACUUUAUAUCAAAGCACGGAACCUACUUUAUAUGUCUAGAUGCAGUUUUCAGAAGACGGAAAGAGAUGGUCGUACAAAUGCCAGCUUAUAUAGCACCGGCAUUUCUAGCUUCUAAAAUAACAACAGCGGUAUGCCUAUCCCUCAGCAUACUCUUCCUCCUCCUCACCCUGUUGGUCUACAUCCUGAUUAAGGAGCUACAUACUGUGCCAGGCCUCAACCUCAUCCUGCUGUCAUCCUCCCUCUUCCUCGCACAUGUGUUUUAUCUGUUUGGGGCUGGAACUGUCACCACCCCGACCAUCUGCACCGUCAUUGGAGUCCUCAUCCACUACUUCUGGCUCGCGUCCUUUGCCUGGAUGAACGUCUGUUGUCUACACAUGUUCAGAGUCUUCACCAACCUCUUCUCCUCGCUGCACUUUGCUGACCACAAGGUGUCUCUGAUGAUAAAGUAUUCAGUUUGUGCCUAUGGUGUUCCCCUGGUCAUUGUAACGAUGACGUUAACUAUCACCUACAUCCACUCUGGCUACACAACUGUUGGCUAUGGUGGUCCUGCUCUGUGUUUCGUAGCUCCUGGAUUGGUGUCACUUGUUUCCUUUGGUGGUCCUGCUUGUCUGACACUUGUCAUCAACGGGGUAUUAUUUCUUUGGACGAUGAUCUCCAUACGACGCAGAAACAGACAAAGUGAGUCAUUGGGAAAGAAACAGGCAAACGACGUCAUUACAUUCUUCAAGCUGUCUACUAUAACAGGCCUGUCAUGGUUGUUUGGCUUCGUUGGCUACUUCCUUCAGAGAGUGGAGCUGAUGUAUGUGUUCACUGUGUUGACAGCUGGCCAGGGCGUCUUCAUCUUCCUCUCGUUCGUUGUCAGUCGGCGGAUCCUCAAGCUAAUCAGAGACCAUCUCAGAUGUCUGUGGGCGAAAAGGGAGAAAGGCCAUGUAAACACGGCGGACACGUCAACUGCAAGAGAUGCUUCAAUGGUGAGCCGGUUGUGAUUUCAGCCAUGAAAACUGAGAACUUAUUUACAUACCACACACAUAUGAAGGUGGCUCUGUGUUGAUGCAAUAUAUUUGUUUCUCAAUAAAUGUCUGUUGAAAUAUAUUAAAUUCGACAUUAAAUGCAUUUCACGCGUGUUAAAGGUUAUUUGACAUGCCACGUGUAUGCAAAUAUUUCGCCCUUCACGUGGUUAAAGACCACUCCUACUUUGUCCAAAUUUAGUAAAAAUAGGAAAAUAAGUUUCUGAUACAAUGGUUUUGAUGAGGGGAAAUAUGUUUACAUAAUUAGGUAAUAUUUAUUAUCUUAACAUUGAUUUUUUGUGCAUAUAUCCUUC